AUGGCGGCUCCCAGGCCCAUCAAAAGUAUCCUGAAGAAGAAGCGGGGGGCGGCGGCUGAUCACUGCGCGCCGACCCCGGAGGCGGCCGCGGCCGCGGCGGCGGCGUUGGCGGACGACGAAGACAAUAAAAAGUCCCAGAAAUGGGAUGAGAUGAACAUUCUUGCCACAUAUCAUCCAGAAGGCAAAGACUAUGGGCUAAUGAAAAUUGAUGAACCAAGCACACCAUACCACAGGAUGGUUGAAGAUGAUGAAGAUGGUGUGAUGAGUGACUCUGAAACAUAUGAAAACCUCACUGCGGAAAUACUGGCGAAAAAGCUAACAGCAGCUGAAGGAGCUAAACCUAAAGCCUUUGGAGAACUUGAAGACAGCAGUGAAGAGGAGGAGGAAGAAUUGACCCCGGAAGAAAAAGAAAACAAGCAGCAAUUUGAGAUGAAGCGAAAGAUACAUUACAAUGAAGCAAUGAAUAUCAAACUAGCAAGACAGUUGAUAGCCAAAGAGCUGGCGGAAGCAGAAGUGGACGAAGAGGUAGAUGAAGAGGAAGGCGAUCAGGAGGAUGUUGAAGGGAAUGCAAUGAAAGGAACAGAAGAUUUUGGAGGGAGAUCGACAACUUUCUGAAAAUAUGGAGCAAGGUUCAUAGGUUCAAACCCAUCAACCUGGCAGCAACCCCCAUUCCCUCCUCCCUGAAACUAAAACCACUAGCCAUUGGCAGAAUUUAAACCCUGAUACAUAAUGUAGCUGUUCCAUCCACUCUCCAUCUUAAAUUGGGAGAAGUAUACUUUCAAAGGAUUCUCUCUUACCCUUGCACUCAGAAAUUCACCAUCUGUAUAUUUUUCCAAAGCUAGAAUUCUCUCCGGGGUGGGAGGCGAGUUGGUUGCUUGAUGUGUGUGGCUGUCGGAUCACUGAAGAAAAAGAACACUGGAGAAAUCGCAGCAGAUUAGAACACGUUGGCUGCUGCUCGACGGAACAUUAUCAGCUUUCUUGUGUUUUCACCGUGAGGUGAGACACUGAUUUUAGCUGCGCUGAUGUCUGUCGCUGGAUCAUUUCCAAAACUUACAUAGUGGUUAUUUUUUGGGUGUUUGUUUGCAUUGUAUUUUAUCACUCUUAUUUUAUUGCAUAUGGUUUCUCAUCCAGUAAGUGAUUUCUGAUCAGGUUUGUUCAGAAUUUAUUUUUUAUUUCUUAAAUUAUAGCCUGGGAUCAGAGCAUGCAGAAAUACCUGACUUGUUAACUGAAAAAAAAUGCAACUUAGAUUUUUUUGUGUCCUUGUAAAUGAUUUAUCUUCUGCUCUUAAGUCGUGGCUUAACAUGAUUUAUAUUUUCUGUAACAGUCAUUUAAAAAAGACCGUGGUCUUUCUCUUUAUGCUUGUGUGAAUUUUCCAAUUGAAAACUUAUCAAAUGUGAAUACAUCACUUCGCACGUGCCAGUGUUUCCAAACCCUUCCUUGUAACUUAAUUUGGAAGGAAGAAUGGGAUUUGUAGAGUACUUAUCUUCAUACUGCUGUGUGGAUUGGUAUUCAGCAAGUUUGCAGAUUGAAACAAAGUGGUUUACAUUUGUUCCAAGUAGUGAUGUGAUUAGUAGAUUUUAUUCUUUCACAAUGAGAAUCAAAAUUGAACCAGUUGCGACCUCACUAACCAAAAAAGGCAAUUGCUAGCUUGUGGAUUUACGCUCCAACACAGUGUUACAUUACUUUUUUAAAAAAAAACAAAGGUGUAUUCGCAGAGAAUGGGGAAGCCAAAUGUUUUGUGUCUUAUAUCAAAAUAUACUGAAGUCUUACAUUCUCACCACAGUAUUCAGAGACUGUUGAUCUGACUUAAUUCCAUGAGCUCGUCCACACCACUGUGAUCCUUGUGUGUAAAUACAUGACAUAGAGAUGUGUGUAAAUACAUGACAUAGAGAUGUCAGUAGUUCCUUCACUGCUUUGGGCAACCGCUGUUUCUAUUCACUGCUCCCACUUAAUAGUGAGAGCUAAUGACACACAUCUUAACUAGCUGCUUAGUUCAGAUGCCAGAUAGUCCUGGAGCACAUCAGCCCUUUGCUUAAGAAGCAAACCAUUUACAACUGAAGAAAGCUUGUGUUUCUGCAAUGUGCUGUGAUUCCAGGUCUUGAGGCUUUGAUGUGUACUGUUGUGUCCCAUCACAGGUACAUCUCUUGCAGACCCACACAAUCCUCUCUCCACAAGUUAAACACCAUCUUACCUUUUAAUAUUUAGCGUCGUUUCACAAUACAGCGCCUAAUUUUGUAUGUCUGCUGUCUUUAAAACAAAUGAGUGCAAACAUUGGUUUAUGUGUGUGAAAGGCAGGUUGUAUUGUGCUAACUUCACCAAUUGGAAGAAAAUGCAUGUUUUAUGCAAUUGCAGGCAGGCUGAAUAAGCAGGGUAGUGUCUCCUUGUUCUGUAUACAUUCUUCAUAAUUAUUGGCUAUUUUGCUUGUGAGUGAUGGUGAUCUCUUCAAUGCUGCACUGAUUAAAGUUAAUACGAGGUGUGAUUAUAAAACUCGUCUGAUGAUGGGUAGUGGGGAGGGAGAGGGGAAACAAUGUUGAUGCAGUAAGGAGCUGUUGAAAGUCUGAAUUGCGGGCUGCAUAAAGCAGCUUUAUACUGUACAAAGAAAAUUUCUAUUGGAGUUUUGCAUUGGGUCAACAGAAAUUAACAAACAGGUUUGUGUGUAUGAAAUGCUAGGAUCGCUAAAUUGGAAAAUGAAAUACUGAUUAAACACUAACUCGCAAGUCAAAACUUGUAUGCAAAAAUUCUUGAUGUUCCACAUAUAAAGACUGUUCUUCAAAGUAGGGCUUAUAAUCUGGGUGGGAUCAAAUAUGGUGAUAAAUCUACUUCACCUGAACCUUUCACAUCUUUGUGAUAUAUGAAUUGUGUUAACAAUGAAUAGGUACAAUUGAUUCACGUCGUUUUCAGGGAUUGUGCAAAUUCUGUCCAAAAUGACAUUGAUUUAUCAAAUGCAAGAACUUUUUAUUUUUGGUUAUUUCUUAUUUCAUCGUAAAAGGUACACUAGAGUACAGAUUCACAUUUAUACCGUGCCUUUCAAAUCUGGAGGAUGCCCCAAAGCGAAUCAUAGUAUUGGCUGAGUACCCGAGCUAGGGGUGGGAUCCCAGGGAGGAGAGCAGGGGAAAGGUGACCGCAAGCAAAAAGAGACCUUGAGACAGACUUUGCAGGGAUGGAGCAGAAUAAUGUCCGUCUGGAAACAAUUCUUGUGUUGGUUUCAAUGAAACUUCCAUUUAGUUUUCAUGUAAUAUCUUAACAGAUAUACCUUGAGCUCAUCAUAGUGUAUUUUUCUAGGAGGGGAGGGCAGUGAGAUUGAUGGCACAGCUUGUGCUGAGAACCAGUGCAGAUUUGACAGGCCGAAUGGCUGCCUUCUGCGCAGUAAAUGUCUAUGUUUCUGUGAGACAUUGCGACUCAGAUCUGAUGGCCUUGAAUGCUUGAAUACCACCAUGAGAUAUAAUGGGGUGCAGGGGGUGGGCAAGUCUAUGCUAUGCUGUUAUUUUGUUACAUAUAUAAAUAUAUGAAAAAGAUGGACGUUGGAAAAUUGGCCUCUCCUGAGGAUUUAACAUGUUGUAGAAUAUAUUUGGAAACACUCCAUCUACCCCGCCAUUCACCACCCAAGUCAUUAACACCCUCCAUCCUCUACUGUGUUCAUCGUGCACUGAAUCCAUUCACCCUCCCCAAUCUUAUUGUUUUAUGUACCUCAAUUACCUGAGAAUGUAUUCCUUUAUGUACAUCAUUUGCAUAACACCCUAUUCAAAUCCACAUAUUAUUCUGUGUAUAUUUUUUUCCAACCAAAACAUAUUUCUCGCCUUCACUCUUUUGCCUGAAGUAUUUUCAUGCUUCCUUGCAAUAUUAUUGUACUGGAAUGCCCUGCUUAAUAAAUAGGAGUAGGCAACUCAAUUAUCAAGGUAUUUUUGCUACUGAUUUCUUCAUCCCAUUUCUCUAAGCCCUUUAAUAUUCUGAAUCCCAAUGUACAGUAUUACUCAUUUAAACAUCCUAAUUGAUUUUGCAUCUACAGCCUUCUGAGGCAAUUUCACAUUGUUGCAACCCUUUGCUUUACGAUUCCUUUUUUCUCAACCACUUUCACAAUACAAAUUGGGCUUUGCGGUUUUAGUUAGAUAAGCGUCAACAGUAUGCCAAUGCACACUCUGGGGUCCCCGAGCCUUGGCUCAUGUCAGUCUGUGCCCGAAUUAGGUAAGCAGGAUGUGCCACUCCAAGCAGAGAGUGCAUUCCAUUCCAAUACACAGUAAUUUCCAGGUGGCGGCGGGAUGAAUGAACUCUUCCAGGUUCGGAUACUCAUGGUGAUGGGUUUUCACGCGUCAAACACAGCUGACCAAAAAAAAGUGAGCUUACAAACACAGAAGAAACUUGAGCUUCAUUUAUUUUUUUAAAAAUGCGUACUUAAUCCACGACUGAUGUGGGUAGGCUGCCUUGUUUCGCCCACAAAAUACAGUCAAUCCACUUCACAAUAUAUUCUGUGAAGCAUUUUGAGACUCACAAUGACAUAAUAAGGCACUAUAUCAAAUGCAAGUAUUAUUAUUUACAUAAAAAGUAAUGAAUCUAGUGAAGUGAAGAGAUAGCUGAAACCAAGGUGUAAAGGUUUCAGGUAUGUACGGUGACCCAAAUGGGAUGCAGAGUGCAGGAAUGCUUUUAAUGCAAAAAAUAAUACAGAAGAGCCUCAACUUUUCCCCUCCUAGGCAAUCGAUUGUUUAUAUUUGGAAGAGACUAUUCUUAGAGCAAUACUUUAUUUUAGAAGCUUCAUAGUUUUUACAUUACAGUGAAAUGCAGUGGUAGAAUUUCAGUCGUUUCAGCACUACUGUAAUUUGCUGCAUGUAUAUUUGUUAGAAUUAGAUGUACCAGAAUAAAGCUGAAGCCAAGUUAAUACUUGUACAUGAAAUGCCAUCUUUCACUGCUCUCUGUGUAAUGAGUGUAAGCGUCUUUAACAACGAGCAAUAAAUAAAAUCUUGACUUGGCCUUCACUUGACUGAACUGUAAAAUGAAAUCUCACCUAAAGUCAAGCAGAAGUUUGGCUAUUACCAUUUGUCACUGGAAAUCUGUGGAGAAAUUUCCCAUGAUUGGAUGUUUACUCAUCAAAGAAAACUGUUGUAUUGUGUCUUGUCAAAUAAAAAAGAAUUAUAUGUUAGACCUCCAAA